AUGGCCCCAUCUCCAGCAGCUGGAAAGCAGACGGGCGCACCCAAGACCCCUACGAAAUUGACACGACGACCAGGACAGACACCCCAGAAGCCUGGACAGACUGGUUCAGCAAGCAGGCCAGCUCCUUCAACACCCAAAGCUUCGCAGGCAACGAAGCCAGAGACAGAAUCACCCCAGAUCCCAUCCCGGCCAAAGGUACCCGGAGGCAAGGGACAGCAAGCUGCCAGCCAGGCUCAGAGCACUGCAGAGAGCACUGCCGGCGAUGCUGAGGACCAGGCUCAGCAAGGGCAGAGCAGCGUUGAAAUGAGAGACGACGAUGAUGACGACGAAGGCCCAAUGAGCAAAGUCACCGAGGCAGGCCAGCAAGGCCAACAAGGCCUCGAGGAAGCAGCACCAGAGCCCAUUGGUGAUGACGACGAUGACACUGUCGGCGGCGCUCAAGGCCAGGCGGAAGACACCGCCGAAGAGGCCGAAGAAGAGGGCCAGGACUUUGCCGACGACACGACAGAGAAAGCUGGCGACAACGUCCAAUCCGCAGACGAUGAGGACGAGAGCCAAGAACAAGAUCAGUCUCAGCAGCUUGGUGACAAGGCCAGCGGUCUCGCAGGUCAAGCCAAAGGUCUUGCUGGCAAAGUUUCUGAGGGCAAACCCACCGAGGCAGCCCAGGAAGGCGCUGAAGAUGUCAAGGAAGGUGUUGAAGAUGCUGCCGAGAAUGCCCAGGAUACCGCACAGGAGGGUCUCGACGAGAGCCAAAAGGUGGCUGGCGAGGCCACUGACGAGGCUGGCGAUGCUGCCGAAGGCGCAGUCAACGGCGCGAAAGACGAAGCCGAAGAAGCGACCGGCAAGGAGAUCAACGUGCCCGAAGGCCUGCCAGUCGAUCUUUCCGUGCUGAAGGGAUUGGAGGUCAACGAAGACGGCGGUGUCUACGAUCAAGAAGGCAACCCCGUUGGCAAGCUCGCCGAGGGUGACGCAGAAGACUUGGCCGGAUACCCCAUUGGCGACGACGGCGAGAUCCUUGACGACGAUGGCGAUCUCGUCGGUCGUGUCGAGCUCCUACCUGACGAAAUCAAGAAGCAACUCCAAGAAGCUCAAGAACAAGGCGAGGAGCUUCCUGAAGGUGCGGAAGAGUUCCUCAGUCAAUACCAGGACGACGCCGAAGACGCCGUUGACGGUGUUGAGGAUGAGGCCGAGGGCGCGGUCAGCAAUCUGCCACCACUUUCCAUUCUCGAGGGCUUGACCUGCCAGGUCGACGGCCUCAUCUACGACUCUGAUGGAAACACCAUCGGCCGAGUCACGGAUGGCGAUCCUCAAGAUCUGCAAAACGCUGUCCUUAAUGACGAGGGCGAGUUCAUUGACCAAGAUGGAAACGUUGUUGGUUACGCCGAGAUUCACGAAGAUGCUGAGGACCUAGUCAACCAAGGCAUCUACGAGCCAGCUCAGCAAGCACAAGAGACUGCUGAGGACGCCGAAGACCAAGUCAAUGGUGUCGCCGAAGACGCCGAAGAGGAUGUCGACGGUGUCGCUGACGAGGCUGGCGAGGAGGCUGGUGAGAUUGAAGACCAGCUGCCUGGCAUUGAAGCUCUCGAAGGCAAGGAGCUCAACGAAGCUGGCGACAUCCUUGACGACGAGGGUAAUGUCCUCGGCGGUGUCGAGGAUGAGGAGCUGAAGCAGAAGAUCGCUGACGGCGAAGUCGACCCCAGCACCCUCAAGAUCGACGAAGAGGGUAACAUCCUCGACGAAGAUGGCAACAUUCUCGGCAAGACCGAACUUGCUGAGGGCGCCGCUGAGAAGAUCGCCGGCGUCGGUCCAUCUCUUCUCGACAUGCGCAUCCUCGACGGCAAGAAGGUCAACAAGAAGGGCAAGAUCUUCGACGACGAUGGUGAGGAGAUUGGUGAGCUUACCGACGGCGAAUUAUCACAGUGCGCCGGAGGCAAGGUCAACGACAAGGGCGAGGUGUACAACAAAGCCGGAGAACUUGUUGGCCACGUUCGCAUCGUCCCUGGCGAGGCCGCUGAGACUGCCACCAAGGAACUACUUGAAGAGCUUGGUGAGCUUCCCGAGGAGGGAGAGGAGGCCGCCGAAGACGCAGAGGAAGAGGAGCCACAGUUCGAAGAGCCAGACAUCUCCAUCUUGGACGGUCUCAAGGUCAACAAGAAGGGACAAGUCCUCAACGAGGACGGCGAGCCAGUUGGUGAGCUCACUGCUGGUGAGCUUUCGCAGUGCGCGGGCAAGAAGAUCAACUCCAUUGGAGAGGUUCUCGACAAGGAUGGCAAUGUCAUCGGACAUGUUCGCACUCUGCCACAAGAGGUGCAGCAGGCCGCCGCUCCUCUCUCUAUCCUCGAUGGACUCAAGGUCAACAAGAAGGGCCAAGUUCUCAACGAGGAUGGCGAUGUCAUUGGUGAGCUCACCAGCGGUGACUUGUCCAACUGCGCCGGCAAGAAGAUCAAUGCUCAGGGCGAGAUCCUCGACGACGAAGGCAAUGUCCUCGGCAACGUUCGCACCAUCGGCGGCACGGCUGAGGAAGAGCCAGCUGAAGAGCAAGGUGAAGGUGAAGAAGAGGAGGGUGAGGAACUUCCACCACUCUCCGUCCUCGAAGGCCUCACCGUCAACAAGGCCGGCAAGAUUGUCGAUGACAAUGGUGCCGUCCUCGGUGAGCUCGUUGAGGGUGAUGCCAAGAAGCUGUCGAAGCAGGGCAUCACUUGCGACGCUGAAGGCCAGUUCUGGGACAACAAGGGCCAUGUCAUCGGACGUGCCCAGACCCUGCCACAGGCCGACCCAGAAGAGGAGGCUCCAUUCGCAGGUCUCGAAGGACUCCACGUCGUCGACGACGGGUGGGUCUGCGAUGAAGACGGCAACUACGUCGGAUACAUCACCGAGGGUGAUGCAGCUUCUCUUGUCGGCCGCACCGUCGACGAGGAUGGUGAUAUCCUUGAUAAGAAGGGCUCCGUCGUUGGCCAUGCCGAUCGCUACGUCCCAGAGGAGGAAGAGGAGGCUCCAGAAGAAGCCCCAGACUACUCGUCGCUCCAGGGCAAGACCAUCACCAAGUCCGGUCUGGUUAUUGGCGACGAAGGCAUCCCCGUCGCACGCCUUGCAGAGGGCAAUGCCAAGGAGCUUGCUGGUCGUCAACUCGACGAUCAAGGCCAGUUCUGGAACGACACUGGUAACGUCAUCGGCCGAGUCGAAUGGAUCCCCCAGGAAGAGCGUGAAGCCAAACCAGAGGGUCCCUUCGCCGGCCUGGAUGACUUGCGAGUCAUUGAAGGCGGCAAGAUCGCUGAUGAAGACGGAAAUGUCGUCGGAGAAAUCACUGAAGGCAACCCUAAGCGUCUUGUGGGUUUGUCUGUCGACGAAGAUGGAGACAUUGUCGACAAGUACGGCAAUGUCAAGGGUCAUGCCGAGCCUCUGCCAGAGGAGGAGCCUCUCGACUACACUAUUCUUGACGGCUUGACCUUGAACAAGCAGGGCUUCGUUGUUGAUGAGAAUGGUACGCCAUUCGGCAAGAUUGUUGAGGGUAACCCAUCCGACCUUGCUGGCCGCAAGACUGACGAGAACGGCUAUAUCUACAACGACACUGGAAAGGUUGUUGGCCGAUGCGAGCCACUCCCUGAAGAGGAGCGCGUUGCAAAGUCAGAAGGCAUCUUCUCUGGACUGGACGGCUUGCACGUAAUCGAAGGUGGAUACGUUGCAGACGAGAACGACAACACCGUCGGACAGAUUGUCGAAGGCGAGCCGAAGAAGCUCCUCGGAAUGCACGUCGACGAGGAUGGAGAUGUUGUCGACAAGUUCGGCAAUGUCAAGGGUCACGCAGAGCGCCUCCCCGACGACGAGGAGAUCGACUACACUAUCCUGGAUGGUCUCACUCUCAACAAGCAAGGUUACGUCGUCGACGCCAACGGCAUUCCAUUCGGCCGUAUCAUCGAAGGAAACGCUUCCGAGUUGGCUGGCAGGCAGUGCGACGAGCAGGGAUACAUCUACAAUGAUCGUGGCAAGGUCGUUGCUCGUUGCGAGCCUCUUCCAGAAGCGGAACGCGUUGCCAAGCCCGAGGGACCAUUCGCAGGUCUCGAAGGUCUUCACGUGGUCAAAGAAGGAAAGGUUGAAGACGAGAAUGGCAACGUGGUUGGUGAGAUCACCGAGGGAGAUCCUAAGCGCCUCGUCGGCAUGCAAGUCGAUGAGGACGGUGAUAUCAUCGACAAGUAUGGCAACACCAAGGGCCACGCCGAACCGCUCGUCGAAGAAGAUGUCGAAAUCGACAACAGCCCUCUCGAGAACAAGGAGCUCAACAAGCAAGGAUUCGUUGUUGACGAGACGGGCAUUCCUAUCGGACGUCUCGUCGAAGGCAACGUCUCUGAGCUCGCGGGCCGCCGCUGUGACGAGAAUGGUUUCAUCUAUGGUGAUACCGGCAAAGUGGUCGGCCGCUGCGAGGUCUUGCCAGAGAACGAGCGUGUCGCCCGCCAAGAGGGACCAUUCGCUGGCCUCGAAGGACUCCGAGUUGUCAAAGACGGCUGGGUUGAGGACGAAGACGGUAACCGUGUUGGCCAGCUCGUGGACGGUAACGCCAAGCGACUGGUUGGUCUUCAUGUCGAUGAGGAUGGUGACAUUAUCGACAAAUACGGAAACGUCAAGGGCCACGCCGAACCCUGGGAGGAAGAAGACCCCGAAGCUGCGGAUCUGUCCAGACUCGCAGGCACCACCAUCAACAAGGCUGGUUACGCAGUCGAUGGCAGCGGCCAGAUCAUUGGUCGUGUUGUUGAGGGUGACCCCAACAUCAUGAUCGGUAAGAAGGUCGACGGCCAGGGUCAGAUUUGGGACGACGCUGGCAACGUCAUCGGACAGUGUGAGAUGGUGACGGGUGUCAAGGCUGAAGAAGGUCCAUUUGCUGGCUUCGAAGGUCUCCAGAUCAACAAGGACGGUACCAUCACAACCCCAGCAGGUGACAUUGUCGGUCGUGUCAUCGAGGGUGACAUCAAGAAGCUUCUUGGUCACACCGUCGAUGAGGAUGGAGAUAUCAACGACAAGAAUGGCAACACGAUCGGAAAGGCUGAGCGAUGGGAGCCUGAAGAGAAGGAGCGCCGCAUUAACCCCAUGUCUGGCAUGCGUGUCAACAAGGAGGGUGAGGUGCGUGACGAGAACGGCGACCUCAUGGGCAAGCUUACCAUGGGUGAUCUCGGACAUUGCGUCGGACAAGAGAUUGACGACGCCGGCAAUGUCGUCGACGUCGAAGGCAACAAGAUCGGUGAGGUCACCCUCAUCGAAAACAUCGCAGAAGACGAGUACGAAGGCCCAACCGAAGAGGAACUCGCAGAAGCCGCCAAGCGUGAAGAAGAGCGUCAAGUCGCCGAGAAGAUGGGCGCCAUCUGCACGCAGACCCUCGAGCGUGUGCAGCCCAUCUGCAAGCAAAUCACCGACCACAUGGAGAAGGCCGAUGCCACGCCCAAGGACGAGCUCGACGAAGAGGAACUCGUUAACAACGUCAAGCCUCUCAUCGAGGAAGCUGGCCGUAUCCUGCAAGAGUGCAACGGCUCCCUUCGUGGUCUCGACCCCGACGGCCGCAUCGCCGCGCAAGCCAAGGGUCGCGCUGGUACGGGCGAAGCCACUCCAGAGGAAUACCGCCUCGCCGAGACCCUCAAGGAACUCACCACGACCGUCGUCACCACCAUCGAUAACGCCAAGAAGAAGCUCAACAACAUGCCCCACGCAAAGAAGAAGCUCAACCCAAUGUGGGCGCUCCUCACGCAGCCGCUCUUCCAGAUUCUCGCCGCCGUCGGUCUGCUCCUCACCGGUGUGCUCGGUCUGGUGGGCCAGCUGCUCAACGGUCUCGGAUUGGGAGGCCUCGUCAACGGCCUCCUCGGCGGCCUGGGCAUCAACAAACUGCUCGCCUCCUUCGGCCUCGUCGACGACGACAAGAAGAAGAAAAAGGGCGGCGAGGGCGGCAGCAAGCUCUCGUCGCUCCCGAUCGUUGGUGGGCUGUUUGGCGGCAGCAUGAACACGAAAAUUUGUGCUUCCUAUCGCUGCGCCUUCCCCCUUUACCUCGAUGGGAAGCGGCGCAGCUUGGUACGGUGCUUACUUUGGCUACACGGUGCGGUGACGGAAACGAUUCUGAUUCUCUCCCCCUCUCUAGAAAAAGACGAUUCGAAGGGCAGCAGCAGCAAGAAGGAGGAGAAGGAGGGAGAAGAUGUAGCGUCCGAGGCUGUCGACACCGCCCAGGCUGUCAGUGGUGGUGGGCCGGUGUUCAUGGGCAAUGCCGAAUCUUAA